AUGAAAAUGUCCCUCCUUCAUCCUGGGCCUCUUAACAACCUUCUCUUGCUGGUGAGGGCUGGGCUUCUCCCUGCUCCACAUCACAGCCGGUUCUGCUUGACAGGAAUUAUUUCCCUCUAUGACUGUGUUUUUAAGAGGCGACUAGAUUAUGAUCAGAAGUUGCACCGAGAUGACAGAGAACAUGCAAAAAGCCUGGGACUUCAUGUUAAUGAAGAGGAACAGGAGAGGCCGGUUGGAGUGUUGACGUCUUCUGUCUAUGGGAAGCGCAUCCGUCAGCCCAUUGAACCCCUAAACCGGGACUUCGGCCGCGUCAACCACGUGCAGGCUGACUUCUACAGGAAGAACGACAUUGCCAGCCUCAAGGCACCCGGCUUUGGGCACAUGGCUCCAGCCUGAAGCAUCCCUGUGGUCCACAGGGCAUGUCGCGAUGCCCUGUGGGCUGGCAAGGUUGCACAGCAAGAAGGUGGCGUCUGGAGCCUUCUUUCCCCUUCCCAUGACACCUAGGAGCUUGGCUCUGCCUGUGUUGCAUCUCUACAGUGGGACACAUGAAGGUUAGCAGCUUCCCUCAGGUUGCUGUCGUUAGGAGCCUGACCAAAAGCACCUUCAGUACAUGUGAAGAGUCUCUGGUGUGAUGAUUUUCAGCUGGAAUUAUUUUUGAUCAAAUGAUACCAGAGACCGAUUCACUGUGAGCACCUGAAUAAAAUGAAAACUUUGUUCCCCCUUGGUAAUGGUUGGGUUGGUUUUUGUCACCAGCUCUCUACAUUUGCUAGGAUUCUUUGGGGAGGCAGUCACAGGAGUGAGGUGCAGUUACUUUUCCGAAGACUUAUGGGAACACAAGCAACCCUGGUAACACAAGCAACCCUGCCAUGUUCCCUUCUCCAAGAGGAGAUACAAUGACAAUUGUCUUUUGGCACAACUGAACUCUAGAGACUCCAUUUUUGUUUUUCCAGAGGUCUGAGCCACAAGUAACAGAAUUUAGUGCAGCUGGGACCAGGAGCCCUAGUAAGGAUGGGUGGUCCUGGUGGCCAGCAGUGCUCACUGUUACUGCCCAGGGAGAGAGGGCCAGUCCUGGGAAGAGACUAGAUUUCGGUGUCAACAAACUUGGGUAAAAUUCUGGCUGCUGCAUUUUCUACAUUUGUGUUCUAGGGCAAGUCAUAUCAUCUAUAUGAGCAGACAUUUCCUCAUCUUUAAAGUGGAGUUUCCAAACCUAGAAGAGUUCAUGUGGGAGGCAAUGAGCUGCCGGAGUGCAGGUACAGGUACCCAAGUGCGUGCCCCACCCAGUGCCCCAUCUUCACAGCAAUGACUUGACUUUAAACAGUCUUCUUUUUGGAAGCAGUCGCUUUUAACCUAAGUUGGAAAUACUUACUCUGGGGAUAAUUUGAAACUCACCCAAGUGUUAAGGUAUCAGCUACGUUUUAAAUGAAUGGACCCCUUGGAAGAAAUCAUCUCUCGUCUACCAUGAUUAAAUUCCCACAGUUUAGCAGUGAACGGGCAGGUGGCCUAAUUAAUUUCAAUGCUGAUUGCUCUAUCACUGGUUUUAUUGUUUUGAAUAUGCAAAGAGGAUUCUCUAAAAAUAAAUGACACUGAAUUGCCGGCAAUUUCAA